AGGAGUGCAGAAACUUUGCAUGAAAACUGGCCUUACAGACAGUGUGAGCCAUGAUGGUGUUGACCAGACAGUAUCCUUCGGAGGAUCUUUGGUUGCAGACAACCUCAAAGCAAAACAAAAGGAGUCACAGCGGCAAGCAAUUGAAAGAUAUGCAUCUCUCAUAAGGGAAUGUUCCGGCGAAGGAACUUUGGCACAGGGAAAGUGUGUACACUCGCAACUUGUCUCGGAUGGCUGGGGGCAUGUCACCUUUCUCCAAAAUCUCCUGGUGGAGAUGUAUGGCAGGUGCGGGAGCCUCUCUGAGGCUUUGUCGGUGUUCCAGGGGAUCGAGAUGCCCAGCAUUUUCUCGUGGACGCUGGUGAUCGCAGCAAGUUCCCGCAACGGGGACUUUGGAGGCGCCUUGGAUCUCAUCCGGAGAAUGCUGCUGGGUGGAGUGAAGCCAGACGAGGCUGCUCUUGUAGCGGUUGUCAACGUUGCUGCUGGUCUGGAAGACAUUUCAUUCUCAAGACAAGUUCAUGCCUGGGUUGUGGAAGCUAGACAUGGCUGCGAGCUCGUUGUUGGGAACGCAUUGAUCAGCAUGCACUGGAAGUGCCGGGACAGUGGCUGGGCAGAGCGAGUGUUCUACGGCAUGCAAGAGACCGAUGUGAUCAGUUGGACGUCUAUGGCUGCUGCCUAUGCUCAGAACGGACAGCACGCAGAGACUCUUCAGCUGUUCCGCAAGAUGGACGUGGAAGGUGUCAAGCGCAACUUUGUCACGUUCGUGACGCUGGUCGAAGCUUGCACACGGUUCCUGGACUUGGAGAAUGGAAGGGUGACGCACUCGAGAAUCAAAAGCUCCGGUUUCUGCUCGGUGGUGAUCGUCAGCAACAGCCUCAUCCACAUGUAUACGAAGUGUGGAGAUUUGGCGAGUGCCAUCGACGUGUUUCGAGGCAUGGGGGACAGGAACACAAUCUCCUGGACUGCUAUGGUUGCUGCUUACACUCAACACGGUCACUGCAACGAGGCAAUCAAGCAUUUCCAGUUCAUGGACUUGGAAGGUGUGAAGCCCGACGUUGUGACUCUGGUGGCCGUCGUUCAUGCCUGCGGGGGCGUCAUGGUGCUGUCCAAGGCCAGGGAGAUCCACGCUCGGGUUUCCGACAGUGGCUACUUCAACUCCAACGUUCCUCUGGCCAAUGCUGUGAUAAGCAUGUAUGGCAGAUGUGGAGGCCUGGACGACGCAAGAGAUUGCUUCAGAAGGUUGAGGUUGAAGAACACGAUAUCGUGGAGUUCUCUCAUUGCAAUCUAUGCGCAAGACGGACAAGGCGAGGAGGCGAUCCGGCUGUUUAAGCUGAUGGUUCUGGAUGGAGUGAGGCCGAAUUCUAGCAGCUGCGCCAGCCUCUUGUCCGCUUACAGCCACGAAGGUGACGUUCACGACUGCCGAGAGUGCUUCGCAGCUAUAGCAAGUGACUUCGGCCUGGAACCAACGAAGGAUCACUUUGCCGGCGUGGUUGAUCUCCUGGCAAGGCUUGGAAUGCUGGACAGAGCCUUGGAGCUGAUCAACACAAUGCCGUUUGUCCCAGACGUGGCGGUGUUCUUGGCUUUGCUAUCAGCGUGCUGCGUCCACGAGGACUUGGAGCUGGGAAGCGCCGCGGCAGAGCAAGCGUCUGGGCUGGAUCCAGCGGACGAGUCACCUUACGUGCUGCUGUCCAACGUUUACGCUGCGCUGGGAGUGUGGGGCGAGGCGUUGUGAUUCCUGGAGAUCGACCAAGGAAGAAAGAGCACGCUGUGAUUCCUAGAGAUCGAAACCAAACUUAAAUUCUUUCAACUUUGGAGGUGCUGUGGUUGCUGGAGAUCGAGCAUGGAAGAGCACGCUGUGAUUCGAAACUUGCAAUUCUUCCUGGUAAGAGCAUGGUUUUGUAUCCAUCGGAAGCUUUCCAUUGGAACACUUGAGAGCUUUCCAUUGGAGCGAUAAGUUUAUGUUGGUUUCUUCGUCAUCAUCUUUCUUAUUUUUCUAGCAAUGGCUACAAAAUUUGCUAUUGUUCUCUUGUC